GGGGGUCUCGUCGUGAAACCGUGAGAUCGGGCUCCCAAGAAUGGCGCCGUCGUUCCAUUGGUGGGCAAAGGAGAAGCACAAAGGUACGCCCGUGGUGGUGAAGAUGGAGAACCCAAAUUGGUCAAUGGUCGAGCUCGAGGGUCCUUCAGAAGAUGACUUUAUUAUUACCACCACGGACUCACCCAGGUUGGGUCGCCCACGGGACAAGGGCCACCGGGGCGGCAAGAACGCGAGGCAGCUCACUUGGGUCCUCCUCCUCAAGGCCCACCGCGCCGCCGGAUGCCUCACCUCCAUUGGCACAGCAAUGUUCAGCCUCGCCGCCGCGAUCCGACGCCGCGUCGCCUCGGGUCGGACCGACUCCGACAAUGACAACGACGACAGUCAAAACGACGUCGUCGUCGACGGCGGAAGAGAGAAGGAGAACCCCACCGUGAGGACCAGAUUCUACUUUUGUAUCAAAUUGUUCCUCUGGCUCUCGGUGCUUUUGCUGGGGUUUGAGGUCGUGGCGUACUUCAAGGGUUGGCAUAUCGGAGCUCCGCAUAUCCAUUUCGACCAGUUGCAGAGUCUCUGGGCAAGGCCAUUGGGGGUUAAGGGUGUGUUCGAGUGGAUUUAUUCUCGGUGGGUUUUGGUUCGGGUGGAGUACCUCGCUCCUCCUCUGCAAUUCCUCGCCAAUGCGUGUAUUGUACUCUUCAUGAUCCAGAGCGUGGAUAGGCUGGUUCUGUGUCUCGGAUGUUUAUGGAUCCGGUUCAAGAAGAUCAAACCCGUUCCCAAGCAAGAAGACCCGGUUAAAGAUCUGGAAUCCGGUGAGAGUAAUGGUUACUUCCCUAUGGUCCUUGUUCAGAUCCCCAUGUGCAAUGAAAAGGAGGUUUAUCAGCAAUCAAUCGCUGCUGUGUGUAAUUUGGACUGGCCGAAAUCGAAGAUUCUGGUUCAAAUUCUUGAUGAUUCGGAUGACCCAACUACGCAAUUGCUGAUCAAAGAGGAGGUCCAUAAAUGGCAGCAAGAGGGCGCCAACAUUUUGUACCGGCAUCGGGUGAUCAGAGAUGGUUACAAGGCUGGUAAUCUCAAGUCCGCUAUGAAUUGUAGCUAUGUUAAAGACUAUGAAUUUGUUGCCAUUUUCGAUGCCGAUUUUCAGCCCAACCCUGAUUUCCUCAAACGCACAGUGCCUCAUUUUAAGGGUAAUGAGGAAAUAGGAUUGGUUCAGGCAAGGUGGUCCUUUGUGAACAAGGAUGAGAACUUGUUAACUAGGUUGCAGAACAUUAACUUAGCAUUCCAUUUUGAGGUAGAGCAGCAAGUGAAUGGCGUUUUCAUCAAUUUCUUUGGAUUCAAUGGGACUGCGGGUGUUUGGAGGAUAAAGGCCUUGGAGGAUGCUGGUGGGUGGUUGGAGAGGACCACCGUGGAGGACAUGGACAUUGCCGUCCGUGCUCAUCUUAAAGGAUGGAAAUUCAUUUUCCUCAAUGACGUCGAGUGCCAGUGCGAAUUACCGGAAUCUUAUGAAGCUUACAGGAAACAACAGCAUAGGUGGCAUUCUGGACCUAUGCAGUUGUUUAGACUUUGUUUGCCUGAUGUCAUUAGAGCCAAGAUUAGUUUUUGGAAGAAAUUCAACAUGAUAUUUCUCUUCUUUCUCCUUCGAAAACUGAUACUGCCCUUUUAUUCCUUUACCCUUUUCUGCAUUAUUCUCCCAAUGACAAUGUUCAUACCAGAGGCUGAGCUCCCUGCAUGGGUUGUAUGUUAUAUCCCAGCCACCAUGUCCUUUCUUAAUAUCCUCCCAGCCCCAAAAUCUUUCCCCUUCAUUGUCCCUUACCUUCUUUUUGAGAACACCAUGUCGGUGACCAAGUUCAAUGCCAUGAUUUCUGGUCUAUUCCAGCUCGGAAGUGCGUAUGAGUGGGUUGUGACCAAGAAAUCUGGGCGCUCCUCUGAGGGUGAUCUUGUCUCCUUGGUUGAGAAGGAGCCGAAAUACCAACGGGGGGUCUCAGUGCCCAAUCUGGAAGAGAUGAAGGAGGAAAUUCGACAGCAAGAGAAGGCCUCACGGAAGAAGAAGAAGAAGCAUAACAGGAUAUAUACAAAGGAGCUAGCUUUGGCUUUCCUUCUUCUAACAGCUUCAGCUAGGAGUCUCCUGUCGGCUCAGGGAAUCCAUUUCUAUUUCUUGCUGUUUCAGGGGAUAUCAUUCCUGCUGGUUGGUUUGGAUCUCAUUGGCGAACAGGUUGAGUGAACCCCCAAAAAAAAGAGGGGACUUUGAAGGGAUACAUGGAUGAUACAAGUACAGGCAACAUGGGUGGUUACUAUCUGAGUACCACAAUGAGAGAAAACAGCUAUGGGGAGAUUGUAGAUGGCUGAGAGUGCUUCCUUUCUUGCAGCAUGUCCUCCACCUCUAGAUCCCCAAUCAGAUUUCCACCCAAUACAAGAAAAAAACUAUGUUAUAUGGACAGAAUAGCGACUUUCAUGUUGGAGAGACAGAUGCAUUAGGGAAUGGUGAACCUCUUCAAUAUAUGUAAGGUUUUGAUUCUUCUGUUUUGUAAUUUUCUUUUGUUUUGAUUCUUUUGUUUUUGGGUCGAUUCUUUUGUAUGAAAAAUUGUCGUUCAAAUAUCAAACAGAGAUUUUAGA